CGCCGCAUCAGCCGGCUAGAGGCAGAGGGAGCCCCGAGACCCCCAGCUCUCAGCCUUGCCACAUUCGCUGGAACCUGAACCCCAAGGCCUGCAGCGCUGUUCCAGGGCCGGAUUUGCACAGGGCGCCCCAGCCCGAGUCCGCUGCGGGCUUCCCCCCGCCCGGCGAUCUGUGCCCGUGGGCAGGAGGCACCAUGGGCGCGAGGCUUUGCGCCACUGGGGCAGGGGGCUGCGCGCGGACAUGCACGGGGCCCUACUGGUCACCGGCACCCCGGGGGGCCUGGAGGAGGCGGCCGUCGAAGCCGUCUUGCAGCCGGCCUUCCUGCCCACCCACCCCCGCCCCGGCACGUGCAGGCUGUGCAACACUAGGGCCAGGAGGGACCAGAAGGCCGAGGCCGCGGUGGAGUUUGCGGAGGCCAUAAAUCACGCCUCCGUGCCCAGACAGAUCCCGGGCAAGGGCGGCGUCCGGAGGGUUCUGUGUCACGACCGCGCGGAGGACACAAGGGUCCUGAGGCAGAUGAAAGGCCUGCUGCUGGAUGAGGGGCCCUCGGAGGCAGGCCCCAGGCCCUGCAGGCCCCGGGGACACGCCCCCCUCUCCCGCUUGGCUUCGGAGACCCAGGCCCAGGGCUCAGGGCCCGCCCCCAGGAAGGCCGGCUCCCUCCAGGGAAGGGCCGCCGGGCUCGCAGAAACACAGCCAGAGGCAACAGGUAGGUGGGCCCAGAAGGGCCAGGAGAGAGAGCCAGGCGGGAGUCCGACGACUCUCUGGGGAUUGAUCCAGGAGCUAGCCCAGGACGACCUGAGCGCUCCACGCCCGCUCCAGGAGGCCGCCAAGCAGCUCAGGAAGAAGGAGUGGCCCCUGCAGAGCGACGCGGGCGGAGGAGCGGGUCCCCGCGAGUUCUUGGCCCUGGUGACGGGGACGGACAAAGCCAAGCAGGAGCGGGCGGAGGCAGAGCCCCAAGGGGCGAGGCCCUCAGCCUCCACAGGGGAGAAGCCCGGCGCCCAGGGGGGCGGCCCGGCUUUAGCGGCCCUGCUGGCGGUGAGAGACGCGUGGCAGCAGGAGCCCAGGGACAGCGACGCUCCCGAAAGCCAGUCACAGCGAAACGGGGAGGCAGGAGACGAGAGGGUGGACAGUCCCGAGUUUGUGGCCAUGGCGGCCUGUGCGGACCCGCGGGCCCGGUGGGCCCGUGGCGGGGGGGACAUGCUGAAAGUCGCUUGGGUGAUGGAGUCACUGGGCUGGAGCGACAAGCGAGGCCAGACAGAGGCCCUCCCCGCGGUCUUGCCCGUCCGGCGCCGGGACACUCGGGGAGCCCGCGAGAAGGUGGACGAGGCGGGCCGCCGGGUGGACGCCGGGAGCGCAUUUCCAGCCUGGCCGAGCCCGAGCCCCCCUCCACGGGCGCGGGGACCCGGCGGGGCUGACGAGCGACGCCAAGGAAGGCGCCUGGGAAGGAGGGAGGUGCGGGCGCGCGGGAGGCGAGCCGGGCGCGGGCUCGGAGGCGGCGCCGGAGGCCGCGGGGAGCGGGGAGUCGGGGCCCGAGGCCGGGGCGUCCAGGAGGCCGCGGGCCAAGCGAGCGCCGCCCCGUCGGGCUCGGGCAGGAGCCGGGCUGUCCCCUUCCUCGGGUCCCGUGGGCUGACCGACCCCUGGGCGCUGGCCUUGCAGCCCCGGCCGCGAGCGGCUCCCGGAGAGCGUCCCCCGCCCCCCGCCUUCCCCCGCGCCCGAGGGCCCGCGGCCCCGAGGACACCGAGGACACCUCUCGGUGGCGGCCGGAGGAGGCGGGAGGGACGGGGCGGGCCGCGCGGGACCCGGAGCCAGGCCCGGUGCUCGGCGCUGGUGCGGCGGCAGGACGCACGCCAAGUGCAGACCCUCGCGGAGCGUCGUGGGCCCGGGGACGGACAAAAGACGCUGCCGGAGAAGUGCACGCUGAUGCACGACACCGGGAGGCCGCGGGGCGAGCAUGCGCGGCGCAGGGUUUGCGAUCGGCGCCUAGUUCGGGGGCGGGGGGCCAGGCAGCCCUCGCUGACAAGGCGACCUUUGAGCGAAGACCCGAAGAGACGAGGAAAGGGAGGCUCCGGGGCGGGGCAAGGGAGCUCGAACCCGGAUUCGUCCUCCUCCGGGGCUCCCUCGCGGAACCGCGGAACCGUUCCAGACCACGUGGCCGCGGUGUCCCUUUACCCCGUCCCCGACCCCACCUCGGCCCGCACGCUCGGGCCGGACCCGUCCGCCCCGUCGGCCAGCUCGGGUCCCGGCACUCCUGGGAAUGGGGUCGGCUCCCACAUCUUCCGGAGGGGAGGUCGAGGGCUCCGGGGCCGGCCGGCGCCGCCCCCUGCCCACGUCCCACCCCUCGCCAGAGGGGAGAGAGCCCGCACGACCUGCGGCUCCCGCGCCUCCCGCCAGGGGGCGCCCCAGGACCGCUGGUUAAAGGCGCGCGGCGCGGGCUCCCCCGGAGGGCGCCGGAGGCUGCAGCCACUGGCCCAGGACCUUAAAGGGCCAAAGUUCCACGUGGCCUUUGAACAUGGGCAGCAGUCACAGACCCCAGGCCACCACCACCUGGAUGCCGGAAGGCUGGGCACUCCUGGAAUGGCCGGGUCCAGCCUGGUUAUUCCCUCGCCCGCAGCCAAGUCCAUCCCUCCCAGUGGGGUCCACACCCUGUCUUUCUUCCAAACCCCACAGGUGCAAAGGGCCUCUUAG